GAGAGUGGCGUCUGGCUCGGUCGACUCGCCCGCCUGUCUGCGCUCGGGGCACCUGGUGCCCUCGGCGGGCAUCGCCCUCCCUCGCGGUGCGCUAGAGAGCAGUGCCGGGGCUCAGGUGUGAAGUCCUUUAAAUUGUAAAGAAGGUGACUGCCCUAGUUUUGGGGUUCAUUCAUCAGAAGUGAAAGGAGACUUCCCUCCGUUGAUGAAAGAUCUGACCAAGCUUGGCUCAUUCCAGCUAGUGGCAUUUGCUGCUUGCCUCCACUUUUCUUGCAACCAGGAAGCAGACCAUCUUCCUUCUGACCAUGCAAAGCACACUGAGCUAUCUCUGGAAAAUGGAUGAUGUGCUGGGUCAAGGUGCCACUGCCAGUGUGUACAAAGCCCGCAACAAGAAAUCAGGAGAGCUGGUUGCUGUCAAAGUUUUCAAUACUGCAAGUUACCUGAGACCUCAAGAAGCGCAGAUAAGAGAGUUUGAGGUACUAAGGAAGUUAAACCACCAGAACAUUGUCAAACUCUUUGCUGUGGAAGAAAUUCAGGAAAGCAGCAAACAGAAGGUACUAGUGAUGGAAUACUGCUCCGGUGGAAGCCUGCUGGGCCUGUUAGAGGAACCAGAAAAUGCCUUUGGUUUAUCAGAGUCUGAGUUCCUCAUUGUGCUGCGCUGUGUAGUGGCAGGGAUGAACCAUCUUCGUGAGAAUGGGAUUGUCCACAGAGAUAUCAAACCAGGAAACAUCAUGAGGCUAACAGGAGAAGAUGGAGAGAGUAUCUACAAACUGACUGAUUUUGGGGCUGCCCGGGAAUUGGAUGAUGAUGAAAAAUUUGAAUCAGUUUAUGGAACAGAAGAAUAUCUUCACCCAGACAUGUAUAAACGAGCAGUCCUGAAGAAGCCCCAACAGAAGGCAUAUGGGGUGACCGUAGAUCUGUGGAGUAUUGGGGUAACCUUUUACCAUGCAGCCACAGGCAGACUCCCAUUUAUCCCCUUUGGGGGACCUCGCAGAAACAAGGAAAUCAUGUACAAAAUAACAACUGAAAAGCCUUCUGGAGCCAUAGCAGGCACCCAAGAUCAAGAAAAUGGGCCCAUCGCAUGGACCUAUGAGCUACCAAUAGCAUGCCGGCUUUCUCUUGGACUGAAAAGGCAGCUGGUCCCUGUUCUUGCUAACAUCCUAGAGGCUGACCAGGAGGAAUGCUGGGGCUUUGAUCAGUUUUUUGCUGAAACCAAUGACAUCUUGCACAGGACAAUAAUCCACAUCUUUUCUCUGUCACAAGUCUCCAUGCACCGGGUCUACAUUCACUCCUAUAACACAGCCACCAUAUUUUUAGAACAAGUUUUCAGUCAAACAAAUAUUGCUCCCCAUCACCAGGAAUAUUUCUUUGAGGGUCACCCAUGUGACCUAGAGCCCAACCUCCAAGCUCAUAAUUUCCCCAGAACCACAGAAAACAGCCCUCUGAUUAUGCUGAGCAUGGAACUGGAAGACCCAGUGGGCUUAAGAUACAGAGAUCCAGCUCUGGAGUUCCCCAAAUUCCUCCCAAAGAUUGAUGUUGUUGUAGAUUGCAGUACAGCAAAGGGUGUUCUGACUGCAACUUACCAAACACUAAGGAUAUCUCAAUCAUUUUUGCAAUGCCAGGAGCUCCUCCUUAGUGGCCUGUACUGGGUGAGUGAGACCCUGAAAACAGAGUGCCUGCAGAUUCUGGAGAAGAGGCAAGCCAUAGUGGCAACAUUUGGCUGCUUGCAGCAAGAAGAGAUGAAGCUCUCAAGGCUGUAUGAGACUAUUGCUGCAGAAGGUGAGAUUCCAGAGAUGAAAACUAUGGCUGAAUUGAAAACAAGGCUUCAAGCUGUCAGUGAAGAGAUUUCCAGAUAUGCCCACAGUAUCUCUGAACACCAAGCAACAAUACGGUGCAUUUUAUCUGAAGUAGGGAAAAAAUGGAGCCAGUUGAAAGAAGAUAGAAGCAUCCAGAAGAUGGAGGCUUGCCUUGACAAGAUGCAGCUCAUCUACAGCCAGUUCAAGAAAGUCCGGAAAUGCCUGCGCUUGGGCUACAAUGAACAGCAAAUCCACAAGCUGGAUAAGGUGAAUUUAGGACAUUUGGCGAAAAAGGUUCUUUCUGUUUUCCAUGAGAACUGUGUGCAGCACUACCAGGCUGCUCUCUCAGGACAUGGAACUAGAAUGAGGAAGACAUUUGAGAUGAAGAAGAACUUGAAGAAGUUGAACAAAUCUUUAACUAUGUGCAGCACAGAGAUGUCUGAAUGCCAGAACUGUCUUUAUAAAGCUUUGGAUGAGCUACCUCAGAGAAUUCUUCAAUGCAAAAUGACAUCUUCUGCACCCAGACAGCUUUACGUAAACCAGAAACACCAAGAUAUGGUGUUUGGGAUGCAAGAGCUUCAAGACCAGAUGAAAAUAGUGGCUCACAACCUGCAGCUCAACAACAGCAUCAUCCAGCGGUUGAAUGGUAUUGCACCAGGCCUGUAGUGGGGAGAAUAGGUUACAGAGCCUGAACCAAUAUCCCAUUGUGGGCAAAUCAGUGUCUUCUAAGACUUGAGGAGAAAGUCUCAACCUUCAGGCUAAAGAAUGCCAAUAUAUUCUACCUCCUUGCUGUAGCACUUUGGUGGUCCAACUAAUCAGUAUACCAUGUUUGGUAGCCGAGUGGCUGAUGUUUUUAUUUUGUUAUUAGUGCAAACAAAAAUAUUUUUCAAUGUUUAUUGUGGAGUCAUUUGUUUUUUACUUCUGUCAAUUUUGGCAGUGGUGCUAGAGGCUCUCCUUCUUUGGUUCAAUGAAAUUUGGCAUUUUGGAGCAUCUCUGCAAGUGUAUGCUGGGAAAUAUUUUAUCUUUGGGUUUCUGCUUGCCAUGCAGCUUUAAAAGGUACAGUAGGGGAUGGGGAACCCUGGCAACCUUAUUUCCCUGCACUGUCCAUUGUUGAGAAGUGCACAUCACUGUAUUAAAGAUAAUAAACAGCACUGUAUUGUU